UUCGCUUUCUGUGUUGAUUCUAUGGCAGCGUGCGUGAGUGUGUCGCGUGUCGCAGGUGCGGGGGCGGAGGUAAAGCUGGCGCACGGGGAACACCGCCACGCCGUGGUGCUGCGAUUCCGCCGCUCGCCGCGGUCAGCGCUAGAGGCACGCGUGGACGCCGACGGCCACACGCUGCUGGCGCUCAACAGCUCUCUGGCCGUGCUCGACGAGCAGGUGGACGCCGCGAUGCACCUGCGCUUCAGAGACACCGACAACAGCCUCGAGGUGACGCACCGGCUGGCCUUCCCGGUGCAUUCGUCGAUCGCCGCGCGCAGCCCGCUGCUGCUGGCCGCGGAGCGCGUGUCCGCGCGGCUGCGCGUGGACGGCGAGUCGCUGGAGGCCGAGGUGGCGCGCGGCGGCGAGUGGAACGCGCGCCGGUUCGUGGCGGUGCGCGGCGCCUACAGCCCCCAGCGCCGCAGCGCGUCGCUCGCCUUCGACAGCUCCGACUUCUCGCACGUGCGCUCGUUCGGCGUAUCCGGCGAGCUGCACCGCGACGACCUGGGCUUCGACGCCGACGCGCAGCUGGCCACGGGCGACGGCGCCGCCGUCGUGCUGCGAGCCGCCGCCGCGCUCUCCGCCGACGCGCUCAAGGCGGCGAGCGUGAGCACCCCGGAGUCGCUGUCGGCGUCGGCGGAGGCGCGCGCGCCGGGCUUCGCCACACGGGCGACGCUGAUGGCGCGGCGGGCUCCUUCGUUCGCGCUGGCCGCGCAGCUGGACUCGCCCCUGCAGGGCCUGCAGCGCCUGCGCCUCAGCGUCAACGAGCGCGUGGCGCACAGCGACGCCCUGGCGCACUACAUCGAGUGGGGCCCCUCGCGCGUCGAGCUCCGCCACCGCUUCGUGCUGCAGGACAGGCUCAUCGUGAGCGAGGUGCAGCUGACGACGCCGUUCGCGGGCCACGAGCGCUACGCGCUGCAGGUGGCGUACCAGAACGGCGAGCAGAAGCGCGCGGUGGCGCGCGUCGCGUACCCGGGCCUGGAGCGCGACCUGGGCCUGGAGCUGGACUACCGCGCGCGCGGCCUCUUCAACGCCAGCCUGCGCGCCGCCUUCCACGCGCCCUUCCUGCCGCGCCUGCACAGCGCCGCGCUCGCGCUCACCCACGUCCUCCACCUCGAGGUGAACGGGCGCACGGCGGGCGUGAACGUGAGCGUGGAGGCGUGGCGCGCGGGGGCGUCGGCCUUCCGCGGCGACUUCGAGGCCGAGCGCGACGGCGAGCGCGUGUGGCUGCGCGUGCGCGGCGACUUGCAGCCCCACGAGCGUGACGCCUUCGUCAGCGUCGACGCCUCCUCCACGGCGGCGUCGGCGUCGGCGGCGCGCGUCGAGGCGCGCUGGGGCCCCAACACGCAGUGGGCGCCGACGGCGCUCCUCGCCACCGUCACCCACCGCGACCGCCUCCUGCUCGACCUCAACGCCACCGCCGACCGCAACAUCCUGGACGUGACCUGCAUCAACCCCAUCAAGCCCGUCUCCUUCCGCUUGGCCGCCUCCCUUUUACAGGACGUGGGGCUGGAGCUGGGCUGGGAGCAGGACGGCGAGUUGAAGACGCGUGUCGGCAUCGGCGCCAAGGACACGCUCGACUGGAAGCGCAUGAGACUCGAGAGGCGCUUGUUCCUGGUGCUGCCGGGGCGCAGCGCGCGUGCCACCUUCGUGGACGGGCGCGACGCCUGGGAGCGCAGCGCCAGCGUCACGUGGGGCGGCAACCGGACCCUGGGGUACGCCGCGGAGACGCGGCUGGCGGCGGCGGGCUUUGUGGAGGGCUUGGCGGAGGCCCGGCUGCGCGUCGACCUGCCGUCGGGGCGCGUGUUCGAGGCGCGGCUGGAGCAUUCGAUUAGCGAGGAGGGGGCGUGGCAGCACGGCGCGGCCGUGCUGUGGGACGCGGCGCGCGACCGUAGCCGGCGCGUCGGGUACGAGCUGCGCAGCGACGCCGCCGACGGCCUGGUGCUGACGCUGCUGCACCCGGUGCUGGGCGACGGCGCGGUGGUGGGCGUGCGCGGCGCGCUGGGCGUGCGAGACGAGCGCCUGCGGGCGACGUGCGACGUGCGCGUGGCGCUGCUCAGGGAACCAGGGCUGGACUGGCGCGCGGGCGCGGCGUUCGACCUGCGGCGGCGCGCGGGCGGCGGCGGGCGCGUGGCCUUGGCCUUCCACGUGGCGGACCAGCGCCUGGCGCGCGAGGCACGUGCCGCGCGCGCCGAGCUGGACGCCGCCUUGGACCCCGAGGGCGGCGCAGCGCUGCUGCUCAACGUCACCUACACGCCCGCGGACCCGGCGCAGGGCGCGCUCGCCACGCUCGUGACCGAGGUGCGCGCCGCGCCGACGCUGCUGCUGCUGCGCGCGCGGGCGCCCAACGCCGCGCUCGAGAUGAGCGCGCGCGCCUGGGCCGCCGGCGCGGAGCUGCUGGCCAGGGUGGACGACCAGGACGCCGUUCGCGCGAAGGUCAGUGGCGAUUGGGUGUGGGGUGCCCGAAACGGAUCUACUCUCCAGAUUAACCAUCGCGUGCAGAUUUGUGGCGUUCAUUGGCGACGGAAUUGGACCUUGCGGUACGCCAAAGAAUGCAUUGCUACGCGGGAGCGGCAGCUGGAGCGCGUGGCGCCGGCCGCAGCCGCCGCCGCGGACGCGCACGCGCGCCUGUGGCACACGAGCUGGGACGCGCGCGUGGCGUGGCCGCAAAUGGACGAGUGGCGCGCCUUCGCUCGCGUCGAGCUGGACGCCGUGGGCAAGGACGUGCUGCCGCUGGCCGACGACGUUGCCGGGCUGUUCCCGGACGUCCGGGCGCUGCUGAGCGACGUCCGCGGGCCCGCCGCCGCCUUCUGGGGCGGCGUGCGGCGCGGCGCGGAGGCGUGCGGGCACGCGGCGCUCAAGUGGGCGCGCGCCGCGCUCGACGCCGCGCUGCAGGUGGUGCUCGUAGCCUCGGACGCGCUGGCGCUGGAGGACGUGCUCCCGGCGCUCGGCGAAGCCCUCACCGACAUCAAGGUACCACCGCCACCGCUGUCACCACCAUCACCACCACCACCAUCACCAUCACCAUCACCACUACCAUCAUCUCCACUAUUACCACCACCACCACCACUAUUGCCACCACCGGCACCAAGAUCAUCAGCAUCACCACCAACACCAUAUCACCAUCAUCACUAUUACCACCAUCAUCAUUACCACCACCACUACCACUACCAUUACCACCACUAG